GCGGCGGGGCCGGGUCGGGACAGGCGGCAGCGCGGAGCUGAGGGGUUCGGCUGGAAGGGGCUGAGGUCAGAUGCUGCCCACUUGCCGCUGAAGCCUCUAAAAGAUCCAGUUAGAAACCGGAUUAAGUAUUAAGGCCGGAGACCAUCUGUGAGCUCAGCCAGUAAAUCCCUGGAGCAGCGCGGUGGGUCCUUGGGGUGCGAUUCAAGGCUAUUUUGAUGCCACAAGAAAACAGUCAAGCUAUAAUGGCAGUUGAUGAACUUCAAGCCAUAAUACAAAGAUGCCAAAUUCUGGAAGAAGCUGAUUUCAAAGGAGAAGAUUUUAACCUGUUUCUGGUAGCAGGUCAGAAAUGUUUGGAAGAUGGAUAUGCAGCUCAGUUAUUAGAAGUAAUUCAAAACGAGAAAAACAAGGUUAUCAUCAAGAAUAUGGGUUGGAAUCUCAUUUCUCCUCUUGUCAGAUGUAUUUUCAUGUAUGAACAAGAAGAUGAGAAGCGAGAAUACUGCCUGAGGAUACUAGAUCAGUUGGCAGAGCUCUGCAAUCCCAAGGAACUUUUUUUGGGUUUACUUGAGCAGAUUGAGCAGACCUCUGGAGAGCAAGUGUGCCAAACUGUCAUGUUAUUGCUUCAGCCUUUGCAGACAGUGCUUUUGAAACUUCAGAACAAGAAGGCCUACUCAGUGGGUUUGUCAUUGGCCAUGAUUAUGAAUCAGCUCACUCCCUUACCUGUACCUUAUACAARACAACAAAUACAAGAAGAUAAACUUGGUCUCUGUCAAUGUUGUAAUGCAGUGGUGGACUUUGCUAAACCUUUUGUGAAUGAAGUUGUUAAAAAUAUGGAAAAGUCAUCAGAAUACAAUGAUACGGAGCUGAAAGAAGAAUUAGUAAAAUUCUGUAUGAAAAGCCUGAAAUACCCAUUAUUGACAGCUCAGCUUGAAGAACUUGAAGGCAUUGAAGAACAUCCUUUUCGGCAUUUUGCAACUGAAAUUAUAGGUAUUUUGUGGAACAUAAGAGAAUUAAUACCAUUGGUGUUUGCACAUCAUAAAGGCAAAAUGCCACCCUGGGAGAAUCAGGAGUUUGCAGACAUAGAGCAGAAGGAUUCYGCUGAUUCUUUGGCCUGUCUGUCGUAUCUGAUGUUUGUUCAGCACUUUGGUGUCGAAUGUUUUCCAAUGGUUUUUAGUCCAUCAUACCUUCUGCUAUCCAAUAUGCCGCAUAUUGAAGUGCUGCUGAAAAGAACAGAAGAAUCUAUAUUAUCUAAAGGACUUGAUCUGUUCGAGAGCUGUUUACUGAGAAUGGAAGAUAACAGCCUUCUCCAUCACUAUUUGGAAUUCAGAGACUUCAUUAAUGUACCUCAGGAUUUGGUGAAAAUUAUGACCCUUUGUCCCAUGGAGAAUAUGAGAAAGAAGAGUUUAAAUAUUUUGCAGCUGUUCAUAGACAAGUUUGACACAGAGGGAAAAUACACUUUAUUCAGGUGUUUACUGAAGACAAGCAACCAUGCUGGUGUGGAAGGAUACAUUAUUAAAAAUAUAAARGAUCAGAUUCACUUAGCGUUAAAGAAGGAAUAUGACAACAUUUGGUUUACAGGACAUCACCUGAUCUCCCUUCUAGAUUUAGUACUUUCACUUCCAGAAGGUGCUGAGACUGAUCUUCUGCAAAACUCAGACAGGAUUAUGGCAUCACUAAAUCUGCUGAGGUACUUAGUCAUUAAGGAUUGUGAAAGUGAUAAUCAAACCGGGGUAUGGACCACACUUGGCAAGAUAGAGCAGAACUUCUUAAAGCCACUGCGUGUAGGACUCAAUAUGUCCAAAGCRCAUUAUGAAGCAGAAAUAAAAAAUAAGAAAGAAAACAGAAAAGAGGCACACAGUUCUAAGACAGUUUGCUCUCUAACUGUUAGUGGGGAAAAGAUGCCUGCCAUGACUACUGGAAUGCAGCUUCAAGUUUUACACUCAGCUCUCUUCACAUUUGAUUUAAUAGAAAGUGUUCUAGCGCGAGUAGAAGAACUCAUUGAAGCGAAAACAAAAGCUGUAAUGGAUGAAAAUAGUUAAGUCAGCUGAAGUGUUUGAAUUAACAUACUCCUCACAAGAUCAUUUGGACUAUGAGACUUCAAUUACAAAGAAGGCCACCACCUGUCAAAGAAGAGCAAUUUUGAGUGGCCUCCUCCAGAAGAAUAGCAAAUACUGCUCUUCAUAAGUCUUGUUGCUGUUCUUCAUUAUUUUUGUUUGCUAUUGUUGCAUGGGAUUUGCAGAUAUGGUCUAUUUACUCGUCUUCGGAAUUUGAUGCUUUUUCUUACAUUUAGAAACUAAAUACAAGGCAGGGGUUCUACCUCUUUAGCAAGGAGGUAUGGCUGGGCAUUUAUUUUUUUUUAUUUUUCAGAAUUUGUUAGGUAAUAGUUGCUGACUGGUGUUGUGAAUUACAGAGAUUUUUAUCAAGUGACUGAAGAACCAUUAAUUAAACAGCCCUGUUUAAGCAUAAGGUAUUUUUAUUAGCGUAUUUUAAUGUUGACAAACAAGCUUCUAUGUUUGCAAACAGGACUGCAAGGUACAGAUAGAUAACAGUAUAGAAUAUACUAUCUAUAAAUAGUAAGAACACUGUGGCAAAGGAAACCAGGUUAAAAGAAAAACAUAUCAACGUUGAGCCAAAUAAGACGUUAAAACAUAGUAACAUAACAGAGAACAGUUCUGUUUAAAAARCAGUGUAAGGUUUUAUACAUACAGCUGCUUAUUCUUGGGAAGCCUGAAUUUUGGAAUUGUUUUGAUCAUCCUUAUCUUUAAUCAUACAGUUUUUCUUAAGAUACAAUAAAUAUUUUGGGAAAUUAUUUAUAAACAAUUCAGAACCAAGAUAAAAGUAAGGAUGUCUUUUCUAUAGUGCAGCUAUACCACUUUUCCCCCCUUAUAAAGUACAUUUGGUAUCAAGUAUGCUAUUUUUCACUGUAUAGUUAUUUAAUAUGAAUUUUCAUUCCAAAGGCAUAUGUUGUAUGUAGUCUUUUGAAAUGUAACUAUAUUUUUAAGAACAUUCUAUAUUUUGUUUAAAAUGUAGCC